UGUUAGCAACUUCACGUGUCCUGAAGAACCUCACCAAAGGUUCUGCCGCUAUGUCUGAAAAAACGGAGGUUGAUUUAACCGGAGCUAAGCAAAACACCGGUGUAUGGCUAGUAAAGGUUCCCAAGUACUUGGCCCAGCAGUGGGCCAAAGCAUCCGGAAAAGGAGAAAUUGGAAAGCUCAAGAUUGGAAAGAAACAAGGAAAAGCAGAUGUGUCGUUCACCCUGAAUGAGGACCUAACCAGCCUGUCUGCCCUGGGAGAGAAGGCAGUGUCUGUACGAGCUCCCCGGGACCACCCAUUCACCAUGCAUAGUGUGGGGGGGCAGACCCUGGCUGUGUUCACUGAAACCUCUGCAGAUAAGAUCAGUCUGGAGGGCAUGGUGGUACAGAGAGCGGAGUGCAGACCAGCCGUCAAUGAAAACUAUAUGAAACUGAAGAAAUUACAGAUUGAGGUGUCUACCAAGCCCCAGCGUCUGACCGAGCAGAUGGACAGGGCUGUCACUAACAACUUCAAGCCUGUAUCCAACCAUGUUAAUAACGUGGAGUAUGAGAAGAAGAAGAGGGCUGAAGGUAGGAUGGUGAGGGCAGACAGACAGCAGGUGAUGGACAUGCUCUUCUCCGCCUUUGAGAAACACCAGUACUACAACAUCAAAGACCUGGUGGAGGUCACCAAGCAACCUGUGACCUACUUGAAGGAGAUCCUGAGGGAGAUAGGCGUGUACAACACUAAAGGGACGCACAAGAGUACAUGGGAACUGAAGCCAGAGUACCGCCACUACCAGGGAGGAGAGGAGGAGAUAAAGGGUGACUAGCCCAGAACAGAGCACCCUGUCUGGGAUACAGACAUUGACCUGAGGGCCUACCAUCACAGAAGUCUUUGUUCUUUUGUCUUUCACUUUAUCUAAAACUGAUACCCAAAACUACAUGAUCACAAAGGGUCGACCUUUUAUCAGCUGUUGGUAGGAUGGUGUGUGGGGAUCUUGCACUAUGAACCAGACUGUGUGAAACACUUGCCUUAAAGCAACACUCUUUUGGAUGGGUUAUUUUUUAUGUUGUUUGGUGCAGCUUAUAGAAAUUGUAAUGUUUUUUUUCUUCACUCUACUUACAGAAGCUGACACUUUGCACUAUCAUUUGUAAAUCAUUUAUAAAAUAAUGUAACUACCGG